CAAAUCUGCAAUGGCUGCCUCCAGAGGGUUAAACCUUUCCCAGAAAAUGACCAGCCAACUCUUUAAAUGAAGACAGUCUGGGAAGUGGGACAUGUUAUAUCUCAGCGUUUCUGUUCCGUUCAAAGAAGUUUAGUCAGACCUCACAUUUACAGAUCCAUGCACAUUCCCAAAUUACCACAGAGGAAGUGGCUAGGUGCUUUUACAUGAUUCAACACAUCCUUCUGAUGUAAAAAAAAAAAAAAAAAAAAGAAGAAAAAGUAGGCUAAGACACUAUAAAUACCCUCGAGAGCUCCUUGACCCCAAAGCCUGGCUUGGAUAUCCCAGAGUCAACAACAAUGUUUUCUCUGCUCCUGCUGCUGGUAUUAGUCCCUCACUCCUCUGCUCUGCCUCUGCUGUCCAAAGAUGAAGACCAGUUACUCAUAGCAGAGAAAUACCUCCGUCGCUUCUACGGUCUCUCCACAGGUCUCCCCACAGGUCUCGCCACAGGUCUGAGAAGUCGACACACAUCUUCAAAUGAUUUUAAGACAAAGAUCAAAGAAAUGCAGAGGUUUUUCAAACUCAAGGUAACUGGGAAGGUUGAUGAGGCUACGUUAGACGUGAUGAAGAAACCUAGAUGUGGUGUCCCAGAGGUUAGGGGAUACAGCCACUUCCCCCGAGACCUCAAAUGGGGCAAAAACAAUGUCACGUUCAGGAUUUUGAAUUACACACCUGACCUGGUGAAGUCUGAUGUAGACAGAGCCAUCCGCAGAGCUCUAAACGUUUGGUCUGAUGUCACCCCGUUGACUUUUCACAAGCUGCAUGAGGGCAAUGCUGACAUUAUGAUCAGCUUUGGAACAAAAGAACAUGGUGACUACAAUCCAUUUGAUGGUCCCAAUGGUCUGCUGGCUCAUGCCUAUCCUCCUGGCCCAGGCAUUGGAGGAGACACUCAUUUUGAUGAGGAGGAACACUGGACCAAAGACUCCUCAAUGUACAACCUGUUCAUAGUGGCAGCUCAUGAGCUGGGCCACGCACUUGGUAUGUCCCACUCAUCAGACCCUGGUGCCCUUAUGUACCCCAUCUACUCCUACACUACUGGCUACCCACUGUCUGAAGAUGACAUCGAAGGCAUUCAAGAUCUCUAUGGUCCCAACCCAAACCCAAAGAAGAUCAAGCCAAAGCCAGAUGCACCAACUAAAUGUGAUCCCAUGUUGAGUUUUGAUGCAGUCACAGAGCUCAGAGGAGAAACCAUCAUCUUCAAAGACAGUUUCUACUGGCGUCUCCAUCCUCAGAUGGUAGAACCUGAGCAGACACUGAUCAAGUCCACAUGGCCCUCCAUUCCAAACAAAGUGGAUGCAGCUUACGAGAACCCAGAGAAGGAUUUAGUCAUCAUAUUUAGUGGGAUCCGGAUGUGGGCUUUGAAUGGAUAUAACCUUGUGGAGGGUUACCCAAAGUACAUACACAAACUUGGUCUUCCUAAGUCUAUCAGGAAAAUAGAUGCAGCUGUGCACAUCAGAGACACAGGGAAAACUUUACUCUUCACUGAGGAAGACUAUUGGAGUUUUGAUGAAGCAGCAGGCAAACUAGACACUGGCUACCCACGAUCAAUUGAGACAGACUUUCCAGGAAUGGACGAUGAAGUUGACGCUGCUGUUUAUCACUAUGGAUUUUUAUACUUUUUUCAUGAACAUCUGCAGUACGAGUACAGUUACACCUCAAAGAAGGUAAUCCGCAUUCUGAGGGCCAACUCCAUUCUCAACUGUUAAUGAUGCCAACCCAGAAACUUUACAUCUGAUUAUAGCAGGCUGUAAUUAGGUAGAGGAACAGACAUGUUGGAAUUAAACGGCAGGUGUCAGGAUGAGUCUCAGAAAUGGUUCCAGUGCUGGGCACAAACAUGGCUGCUCAUUUUGGGUUUAUUCACUUAACUUCAGUUUAAUAACGCUGACUUGAAUAAACAAUUAUCUGUUUUUGUCUUCUGUAACCUGAGCAUUUAAACCUGUUGUUAAUAUGUAUUUAAAAACAUCACUUUAAUAAUUUAUUUUGAGCUUUGGAUGUUAUCAUUUGUUGGUGGGGUGUGAUGAGUAGAAAUAAACUUGGUUUAAAUCACAAA